UCCUCCUCUCCCUCCUCCUCCUCCUCCUCCUCCUCCUCUCCGGGCUCAGACCCAGACCCGUCCGAUCCGGGGACCGUGUGCGUCUCCGCCGGCUCCGAGCUGAACCACUGAGCCGCCCGGAGGGUCUGAGGUGGGCGGAGCCUGAGCCCGAGGUUUCCCCCCUCGUCUUCCUCCUCCUCCUCCUCCUGCUGCUGCUGCUCCUCCUCCUCCUCCUCCUCCUCCUCCUGCUGCUCCUGCUCCUGCUCCUCCUGUCCGCAGCCACAGACGCACCGAGCACUCCGGACUCCGAGGAGCGAGGCAUCAUGGCAGCGACCACUUGCACGCGUUUCACGGAUGAAUACCAGCUGUACGAGGAGCUCGGCAAGGGAGCCUUUUCAGUGGUGCGCCGCUGUGUCAAACUCUGCACGGGCCAAGAGUACGCCGCCAAAAUCAUCAACACCAAAAAGCUCUCGGCCAGAGAUCAUCAGAAGCUGGAGAGAGAAGCCAGAAUCUGCCGACUGCUCAAACAUCCCAACAUCGUUCGUCUCCAUGACAGCAUCUCUGAGGAAGGAUUCCACUACCUCCUCUUUGACCUGGUGACAGGAGGGGAGCUGUUUGAGGAUAUCGUAGCUAGAGAGUACUACAGCGAAGCAGAUGCCAGUCACUGUAUCCAUCAGAUUCUAGACAGUGUGUCUUACACCCACCAACAUGACAUAGUGCACAGGGACCUGAAGCCAGAGAACCUGCUGCUGGCCAGCAAGUGUAAGAACGCAGCCGUGAAGCUGGCCGACUUCGGACUGGCGAUCGAGGUUCAAGGAGAACAGCAGGCCUGGUUUGGGUUUGCAGGGACUCCUGGUUACUUGUCCCCGGAGGUGCUGAGGAAGGAGGCGUACGGUAAACCUGUAGAUAUCUGGGCAUGUGGUGUGAUCCUCUACAUCCUUUUGGUCGGGUAUCCUCCAUUCUGGGACGAGGACCAGCACAAACUCUACCAGCAGAUCAAAGCCGGAGCGUACGAUUUUCCCUCCCCAGAGUGGGACACAGUUACGCCGGAGGCCAAAAAUCUCAUCAACCAGAUGCUGACGAUCAACCCAGCCAAGAGAAUCACGGCCCAGGAGGCUCUGAAGCACCCAUGGGUCUGCCAACGCUCGACGGUGGCCUCCUUCAUACACAGACAGGAGACGGUCGAGUGUCUGAAGAAGUUCAACGCCAGGAGGAAACUCAAGGGAGCCAUUUUGACCACGAUGCUCGUCUCCAGGAACUUCUCUGUGGGGCGUCAGACUACAGCUCCUGCCUCCAUCAGUGCUGUAGCAGGAGCCACCGCCGGCAUCGUGGAACAAGCCAAGAGCCUCCUCAACAAGAAGGCCGACGUCAAGCCCCAGACAAACAGCACGAGAAACAGCAUAGUCACCAGCCCCAAAGGCCCCGCCCCCUCUGCUGCACUGGAGCCUCAGACUACUGUUAUCCAUAAUCCAGUAGAUGGGACCAAGCAGGAAUCAUCUGACAGCAGCAACACAACUAUUGAGGAUGAAGAUGUGAAAGCUCGCAAACAGGAGAUCAUCAAGAUCACGGAGCAGCUGAUCGAAGCCAUCAACAACGGAGACUUCGAGGCCUACGCGAAGAUCUGUGACCCUGGUCUGACCUCGUUUGAGCCGGAGGGGCUGGGGAACCUGGUGGAGGGGAUGGACUUCCACAGAUUUUACUUCGACAACCUCCUCUCCAAGAACAGCAAACCCAUCCACACCACCAUCCUCAACCCCCACGUGCACAUGAUCGGGGACGACGCCGCCUGCAUCGCCUACAUCCGCCUCACGCAGUUUGUGGACGGCCAGGGACGACCCCGCUCCAGCCAAUCAGAGGAGACCAGGGUGUGGCACCGCAGGGACAGCCGGUGGCAAAACGUCCACUUCCACGGCUCAGGAGCACCUUCGGCCCCCCUGCAGGGAUGAGGUGUGAGGAGGAGAUGAAGAGAAGCAGAGGGGGAGGAACGAGGGGAUGAUCCCAGAGAAGGAGUCGGCUCAUAGAGAGAGGAGCAUGUGGACGGGAGGUUUGAGGAUUGUUUUUUUUUUUCUUGGAUCGUGGUCGUCCUGCUGCGUCUCUGCAGCCCCAAACCUCGCUCUUCUCUCUCUCUUUCUUCAACAACCCCCCCAAAUACCCCCAUCGCCAAAAAAAAAAAACCCUCCUCUGGUGCAGCAGAGGGCGCUCAUCAGCCACGGGGAAACGACGCCUCCAUCCUUCACUUCACAUCCUUACUUCUAGUAUUAAUCCUGACGUUCUUCUUCGUGCUCUUCGGACUGUACAGUAAAUCUACGACACAUCUUAACCCUUUAUUCCUUUUCCUUCUUUUUUUUUAUGACGAGCAUGACUCUGACCCGCGUUACUGUUUCCUCUGCACGACUAAGGCCGCCUGUGUUUAACCCGUCAUAGGGAACUCAUUGAAAUACGUGGAAAUCCUAAAUGUCAACCCCAGAAUGUUUUCAUAGGACGUCAGAAGACUGUUUUACUUUAAUCUCAUGUAUAAAAUCCAGAUUAAUGAAUUUCCCAUAUCUGGUUCCUGGUCCUGAAACUAAUGUAAACAUGUAUUUAGAGCAUUAGAACAUCAACAUUAUGACAUUAGACACAUUAGGACACUUGUUCUUCUUCAUGGUUCCUGAUAAACCAGAUCAGAGGGGGACCUUGUAGACCACAUUAGACCCUGAUUAGACCUGAGGAUGUUUCCUGGAUCUUCUCUGAUUGGCUCAAUGAAAACCACAUGACAAUAAACCUCAAACUGAGAGGAACAAUGUGAUGAAGUGACCAGAUAUGGUUCCUUGCCCCAUGAAGGGUUAAUUAUUCUAUUUUUUAAUUGUCUUGUUAUUGUUUGUUUCAUUCCCUCUUUCUCUGGAGUGUAUUUGACCCUGGACUGACGCCUCUGUGCAUGCUACCUGUCGUUUCUUAGCUAAAUCCUCAGUGUGCUGACGUAAACUCCCGAAGCUGGUCGACUCUAUAAGUAUCCCGCUGUUUCCAGUCUCAUCGUGGUGACUUAACUACAAAUACGCCGUUGAUGGUAUUUAACUGCAUGAUGUUCCGAGCUGUAACCUUGGCUGUUAGCGCGCUUUUUAUUUUAUUUUAUUUACUUAUUUAUCUAUUUAUUUAUUUAUUAUUUUUGUUGGUCUGUGAUUUCUUGUUUUGCACGCGGCAUGUUGUGUUUGAAGCUUAGCGAGUCAGUUUAGCUCUUUCACGCCAACGAGUUUGUCAUUAUCAUCAGACUCUGCAGGUUGCAUAACCUUUUAUAUAUAUAAAUAUAUAUAUAUUGCCCAAAUAGGCCAAACUAUGAUAAUACCACUACUUUAAUGGGGUUUAACGGGAGGAUUAUAUGCACAUUAUUGUUGCGCUCUUAUUCCAAACAUUACGGUUCCUGUUUGUGGAGUGUUUUCCUGAUGCUUGUCGUGUUUUAGGAGCAUUUGUUGGACAUGUAUGUAUCAGGAGGGUGUUAUCUGGAGCUAAAACCUGUUUUCUUGAAGACGAUUGAGGGUUUAGUCUCUAUAUUUGCUCUCAGUGAGUAAAAUAGACUUUAAGGCUUUUUCUAAAAUGUUUAUCAUCUCCCUAAGUCAUGAUGACGGCGUCCCAAAUGAAAUUAAUGCAGAGGAUCAGGACCACUUCACAGGGUCUGAUAAUGACCUAAAUAAUUAGCUGAUUCCAUUUUAAUACAAGGGAUAGAGACAGAGGAAUAUACAGUAUAUACAUAAGACAAAUGUUAAGACCUUUUCUGGCUAGAAUGUCCUCAAAGAAGUGUCCUUCGUCCCUUUCCACCCUAGACUGGUCUCUCUCUGAACACAAACUGAAAACUGGUGGGAAAGUCGGUUAUUUUACCAAAGUCUACCAGCGUUAGCACCAACGUUAGCUAACGACUUUGCUCUAUUAUUACAGGUUUUAAGUGUUUCUUUAUGGGAGUGGACCCCAUCUUAUUUGUCUAACGUAGCAACAGUAACACAGGAAGUAGGGACGUCACAAAGAGUAGGAGCCGUCUGAUUGGUGGUCAGCUGACCAAUCAAAGGGCCAAUUACAGGAAGUUAAUCAGAUUAACCUGGUGGUAUCGUGUUUCUAAAUAAAUAUGGGUUCUACAUAUCGAGCAGAAACAAUCCAGAUGUGAAUGGACGUCAAACUUAAUGUGGACAGAUGUUCAGAUAGAGAUGUGUAUUUUUUGGCUAAAAUGUCCUCAAAGAAGAGUCCUUAGUCCGUUUCCAUCAGGACGGCCUCUCUCUGAACCAUCUUAACAUCUCAAGGUUUCACCUCCAUCCACACCUUAGUUCAUCUGAUUAACUUCCACUGAUUGGCUCUUUGUUGGCCGUCUGAUUGGUCAGCUGACAACCAAUCAGAGGGCUCCUACUCUUUGUGACGUCCCUACUUCCGGUGUUACUGUUGCUACGUUAGCCAAACAUUAGGCAUCGUCAGUUUUCAUUCUUAGAAAAAUAUUGAAAACCUGGAACAGUAGAGUCUAGAAAUAACAUGGAGGCUAGACAGCUAACGUUAGCAGCCAUUAGCAAAACACGUCUACAUACAUGUCUACUUUUCUCACCCUUUUCCAGUUUUUAUGAUUGGUUAUUAUUAUUAUUAUUAUUUUUUUGUAAUGGGGGUAAGAAAAUUUGAAAUGUAUCCAAAAUCUACUAAUGUUCACAUAGUUGCUGACAGUUGUUAACGUCCUCUGACCAUUUGUUGGCUUUGUUGCGUCUCAGAUUGCUGGAAACUACAGUUGCCAGGUCCAGCGGAGGAAAUUAUACCACAUGGUUGCUAGUUUUGCUAACGCUUUCUUCCCUCCAGCCACGCUAACAGGUCUUGGCGAGGAGUAGGAGCCCUAUGAUUGGUGUUCAGUUGACUAAUAAUAAAGUCAGCACACGGUCAAUUAGAGCAUAGUCACCAAUCAGAGGGUUAAAAAUGGUCAAAUCCAGAUUUUCCUAAUAAAAAACUUCAGUCUUGGAAGAAACGUCUUCAAGAGAAUAAGCUUUAGCUUGUUUUCAGUUACACCGUGACCCGGAUGAAUCAUCACAGACAAACAUCUUUUUCUAGACUGAGGUGGAAGGAGUUAAAUAAGAAGGAGAAGGCUGCCCAUGUAAAUUGAAACUUUAGUGGAAUAUUAUCUUUCACCCGCUAAGCAAACAGCUCAGUAUCACUAUCAGUCCUUCUUCUGUUAACCAGCAUUGAGUUUGGGUUGUAACGUUUAGGUGAAAGAGCCUCGUGAUCGAUCACGACACUAACUGUAUGUAAAACAAAGCUUUUCUGUUUUAAUAUUCAUUGUUUUGUUUUUUUAUCAUUAUUUAUUUGACUCAAACUGAAGAUGAUUAUCAAUAUUGAAAUGUGAUCCGAUGUAAUCAGUGUGUGAAACAAUAAACUGACAAUGCAGAGCGCA